CUAAGUAGAUUUGCGGUUUACAUGAUUUAUAAAACUGGAUCGAAAGCGAAUGUGAACUGUGAUAAACGUUUCGUCAAAAAGCGGAAAAAGGUUGGCAUCGCUAAGGUUUGAUUCCGUUCGUUCAAAGUUCAACCAUUGGCGGAAGCUCAAAACAAUUCCGUAAUGUGUACCGAAAGCCAUCAAUAUCAUGCGCCCGCAAGCACCGGUUUCUACGACUUGGACGAAUACUCCUUGGCUCACGUGUUCCUUUUUCUCUCCGUUGAUGAUCUGGAUAGAUGCUUGUUAGUAUGCAAAAAGUUCCAGCACAUUAUCCAACGCUUUGUCUAUCCCAAAAAAAGCAUGAAGGCCCUCGUCACGGGAUCCGGCCGAGAUUCCAGUUUAAGCCGGCAUCGCUUCACUUUCCGAAAGCGCGUAAAGUUGAACGAGAAUUGGUGCGAUGGCCGUUAUGAGGAGCACACACUGUUCCACCACAACGCUAUGUAUAUUUCGCAAAUGAUUAUCGAUCGGGACUGGCUUUACAUGACCCAUGGUGGACGGCUGCAGGCACACCAAAGGACGAAAACGCGACACUUAAUUGAUAGUAGCGCGCAAUGGGAGGUGGGUUUCGCUCGAGACGCCGACAUAACGUCGCUGGCGAGGCUCGAAGAUCACUUCUUUGCCGGUCGCAUGGACGGUAAAGUGAUGAUAUAUGUCCACAACACACGGCAGAAACAGUACCUAUCUGUAUCGAGAGACACCAUUACUGCCGUCGAUUUCAACCAAGAUGUGUACGCGAUUACAACGAGACACGAUGCUACAUAUUUCAUCAAUCGAUCUCUGCCGGACAGCGAUGAAUCAGACUAUCUUGAGGAGCUGGAGCUCAGCCGUUCAUAUAUACAUCCGCAAGCUUACGAAACGAUUAAGUUGAAUGGCCAUCGGUUGGCGGCAGGCAAGUUUCAUUGCAGCAGAAAACAAGCUUUGCAGCUGAUUGAUUUAUAUAGCUGUGUGACAAUGCAGUUAAAUUCGCAAUCCCUGGCGGUGUACGACGUAGUGUGGAAGGAUGAUAAUUGCAUGUUGACGGGUAAUUUCGAUGAUUCCAUGCGAUUGGUCGAUAUUCGAACGGGCAACGACGAAGCUUGCUGGAGAGAUCCGUACAAUGCUUCCGUAUACUGUUUAAGCUUUAACGGUGGUUACGCAGUUCACUGUGGUAUGAAGUAUCACCAUCGCUCCAAUCUGUACGACCUACGAGUUCCGAAUAACUGCAUUCAAAUGUACUUUCCUUCGAAACGGAAACAUACUUCGCCAGUUUACGGUAUUGCGGCCGAUCUCUCUCAGUUGUUCCUCGUUACGGACCACAACCUUCGGAUACUGAACUUUGACGCAGACUGGGCCGCAAAGAAAGACUACGCCGCGAUAUAGGGCCUAGGCAAUGAGCAGCAUUUGCACAAAUGCAAUCACAAUCUGUCAGUGAACAAAUUUAUUGACAUAAAAUCUCAAACCUUCGAUUGAUUCGUCGCGACACAGACGCCCCACAGCUUCGGCCGCCAGCAACCGUUCCUUCGAUAGUAGCAAUGAUAUCCCUUCAACCUGAGCUAACUCGUCUGCACUGACGGAAGUGUACCGUUCGACCAACUCGAACGUACGCUCCAAUACCAGUUCAUCAUCGUGGGAUUCUAGUUGUAAAACCAUCGCUCCGCUUGGAAAAAUACGCAAUUUGAUGGGCCCUAUCAACAGUUUGCAGGCAUCGAGAAGAUCCUUUGGGGAAAGCAGUUCCACCCCACGUGCGCGAUUCACGCGACAAUAAACAUCUGCCA